AUGAUCGUCCCAUCAUCACCGGCAACGACGCUCACGGUGGAUAGCCUCCGUCUGCACGGGGCAAUUUGGGCGCUUCUUCUGCACAAUGUGUCGGCUUGGCGGCUAUGGGGAGAAACGAGCAUCCCGGACGAGGUUCCCCCUCUCAAUUUCAGUGUGCUUGUUGGGAAGGAGGCUGGCGGAGAGUGGCUGCAAGGGGCGGAGGCUAGGUCGGGCGAUAGCACUGCCGCGCUUGAAGGGGUUCAACAAGCCGAAGGUAGACGAUCGACAAACAUUCCGCCACGGUGGGAUUCUAGCACCUGCAUGGAGAGUUGGGGGGUCCCGGAGCUCCAGACGGAGGUCGAUCCGGGGGGUUACCUGUUGUUCUCGGAGGGAAGCGUGGUCCGGUGAGAACCCGGCGUGCUCCGUCCCGGCUUUGUAGGGAUGCGAGGUCAAUGGU